CACUAGCGGCCGUCGGGUGAAUGUUUACCGAGCAGGCAUAGAGUGGUGGUGAGGAAAGUGACAGUCACACUGGAGGCUUGGUGUAUGGUGAAACACAGGUGAUUUCAGCUUCCACGGUUGCAUUUUACAGCGGAAUGUUCACUCGAAGGGGGCAUGGAGACGUCAAGAAAUCUACACAGAAAGUUCUGGACCCAAAGAAGGAUGUACUGACCCGGCUCAAACACCUCCGGUCACUGUUAGAUAUCAUUGACAAGAGUGAGCUGAAGGCGUUCUUUGAGAGCAACUGUUCUCAGAUUUAUUUUAUCUUCUAUGAAAAUUUCAUUACACUGGAAUGCAACUUAAAACAAAAAGGGAACAAAUCUCAAAGGGAGGAGCUGGACUCUAUCCUCUUUAUUUUUGAAAAAAUUCUGCAACAUCUGCCUGAGAAAAUCUACAACCGAUGGCAGUUUCACAGUAUAGGUUCUAUUCUGAAAAAACUUCUACACACUGGAAAUUCGUUCAAGAUCCGCUGUGAGGGGAUCCGUCUCUUCCUGCUGUGGUUGCAGGCCCUGAGGGACAACUGUGCAGAGGAGCAGUUCCUUAUCUUUGCCUGUCUGGUGCCAGGAUUCCCUGCUGUGCCCUCCUCCAGAGGGCCCUGCACCCUUGACACCAUCAUUUACAACCCCUUCUCCAACCCCCCUGAUGCCAAGGUGGUGCCUGAAGAGAUUACCCCGCUGGUUCCGGCUGUGGUAGGAGAAAAGGUUGUGGAUGACCAGACCAGUUAUGUCCUCGAAACCCUGCUCAAGUACAUGGUCAUCCAGGCAUCCAGUUUAGAAUGGAGGAACAAAGAGAACCAGGACACAGGCUUCAGGUUUCUCUUCAGCCUUUUCAAGAAGUACUACCUUCCACAUCUGUUCCCCUCCUUCACCAAGCUUACAAAUCUCUACAAGCCUUUAUUAGACCUCCCCCACCACAGACCAAAACCCCUGUAUGUGCCAGUGACGCGGAACAAUGAGAGCACCUUCUGCACCAGGGACCAGUACCUGGCACCCCGUGUGGCCUUCAUCACCUGGCUUGUCACCUUCUUCCUGGAGAAGAAGUAUGUCAGCAGUGCUGCUGCAGCGCAGAGCGCCAAGAACGGCACUGAGGUCAUUCCCAAACUCAUCCAGACUGUCACUGCAGGCAGUAGCAGCCAGGAGAAGGAGAAGGAUAAAACAUCCGAUGGGGAUACGAAUGGGCCAGCAGGGGAGCCUGAGAAGAGCCACUCCAACAGCAGCACGCUGUCAGAUCGACGGCCCAGCGAUUCCAGUUUGUGUAGCAUAGAGGAGGAGCACCGCUAUGUCUACGACAUGGUGCACGCCAUCCUGCUGUCCACCAGGGACAAUGUGAAUUUUGUCAACGAGGUCUUCCACCAGGCCUUCCUGCUGCCGUCCUGCGAGGCAUCAGCAACUAGGAAGGUGAUCAAAGUAUACAGGAAGUGGAUCCUGCAGGAGAGGGCCUGCUUCAUGACAGAGCCUGACACAACUGCCCACACAGAUGAAGUGGAUGACAGCUCUGAACAAACACUCAGCGCAGAAACUAACAGCAUGCACACACAGACGUUACAGAGUCAUGGCCACAAGCGGACGUCCAGCUGGGGGAGGACUUACUCGUUCAGCAGCGCCAUUAGUCGGGGCUUCCUCACCGAGGAGCAGAACAGGGACGUCAAGGCUGGUAUCCAGCCCACACUACAGGUGUUCCUGACCAACUCAUCCAAUGUGUUCCUGUUAGAGCCAUGCCAGGAUGUACCUAAACUCCUGGACAACCAGGUUGAGGUGUGCAAGGGUGUUCUCAGCAUCUACCGGCACAUGAUCAUGGAGCACACCAUGAACACACAGACAUGGGAGCAGAUGCUGCAGGUACUGUUAAGGAUCACGGAGGCAGUGAUGAAGAGGCCACAGGAAAACCAAAGAAAAGACAGCUUUGCUGAAAGUUUAGCAUCUAUACUCUUUAGGACCAUCAUUGUGGCGUGGGUGCGAGCCAACCUGUGUGUAUUUAUCUCCCGGGAGCUAUGGGACGAGCUGCUGGCAGUGCUGUCCUCUCUUACCUGCUGGGAGGAGCUGGUGACAGAGUGGGCCAGCAUCAUGGACUCGCUCACGGCUGUGCUGGCACGCUCCGUUUAUGGCCUGGACAUGGCCAACCUGCCUCUGGACAAACUCAGCGAACAGAAGGAGAAGAAGCAGAGAGGACGUGGAGUGUUCCAGGACCCUCAGAAGGCAGCAGCAGUUGCACGGUCCUUCUCACUGAGUUGGAGGAACCAAGGGGAGCAGGGCGGGCCAGGAGUUCAGGAGCCCAUGAGGAUUCGCUCCGCCACCACAUCGGGAGCUCCCGGUGUAGAGAAAGCCCGUAACAACGUCCGGCAGAAAGCCUCUGAUGUGGAGGAGUGUCAGCUGUCAGAAUGUGGAGGAGAGGAGGAGCUGGGAGGCGUGGAUAGCCCUCUGCCACGUAGCAGCAGCACCUCAGACAUCACCCAACAACUGUCUGACACUUUACCAGGCCAGAAGAGAGAGUCCUCCCCUACUUCCUGUGGCUCUGAUAGCAGGACAUCUGAGGCGAGGAGAGACAGCAAUGAGCCACCAGUGAUCCUGAUCCAGCGAAGCAGCAGUCCAGCUGAGACUGAGUACAAUGCAGAGGGACAAACAAACUACACAAGACCCAAGCUCAGAGAGAAAAGUGAGAGUAUUAGCAGUGAGACAUCCAACGGCUACGUCAACGAAGCUGAAGUUACCUGGCAGGCCUUUGAUGAGGAGGCUGACACUCAGUCCACGCAGUCAGCCCACAUGGACGUGACAACCGACCCCCAGAGCCAGGGCAGUCUGCUGCUCAGCCACAAUGAGGCUCUAGCAGGUCCUGAGUGUGCCCUCCCUCCCCACUCUGCACCCCCGUCCUACCACUACCACAACCACUACCACUACCCCCAGAACCCGCCUGCCUCACCAGCCCUGCUGGUGCACACAGAGUGCCCGCGGGAUUGCCCCCUGGACGACACCAUGCAUCAGUCUGUCUUACACAUGCCACAUCACUUGGACAGUAGUGAGUGUCUGGCUGAUGAUGUCAGCAUCAUUGCGGGUGGGACCCUGACUGGUUGGCAUGCUGAUUCGGCCUUCGUCCUGUGGAGAAGGAUUUUGGGUAUCCUAGGAGAUGUCAACAGCAUCCGCUGCCCCAAAAUCCAUGCCAAGGUCUUUUCCUAUCUUUAUGAGCUCUGGCACAAGCUCGCCAAGAUCCGGGACAACCUUGGGAUCAGUGUGGACAACCAGUCUUCUCCUCCCCAGCCUGCCUUCAUCCCUCCUAUUCGAAUGCUGGCCCCCUGGCUCUUUAAGGCCACCAUGCUGCCCGCUGAGUACAAGGCUGGCAAGUUGCAGGCCUACAAGCUCAUCUGUGAGAUGAUGACCAGGCACCAGGAUGUGCUCCCCAACAGUGAUUUCUUGGUGCACCUCUACCAUGUCAUGCACAAGGGCAUCACCAGCGAUGACCAGGAUGUUUUGAACACCAUCAUCCGCUCCUGCUCUCCUCGAUUCUUCUUCCUCAGCCUGCCGGGUUUCACCAUGCUUCUUGGAGAUUUCAUCACUGCCGCUGCCUGCGUUCUCAGCUCUGUCUCCUCAGAGGCUCCAAGGAUGGAGGCUCAGACAAUCCUGGGCUCCCUUGUGUGUUUCCCCAACCUUUACCACCAGAUUCCUAUACUGCAGCGUGUGCCUGGCUCUGAUGACUUCAUCAUAGGCAAUGAGGAUAUCAAGGAUUAUCUUAUCAACAUCCUGCUAGAGACGGCAACAAAGGAACACUGUGAAGGAGCCAGGUGCAUUGCUGUGUGCAGCCUGGGUCUGUGGGUGUGUGAGGAGCUGAUGCAGGAGAACAUUCAUCACCAAGUUAAAGAUGCCAUCAAUGUUCUGGGAGUAACACUAAAGUUUGGGAACAAAGCGGUGGCUCAAGCAGCCUGUGAUGCGUUUCAGCUGCUCAUCUCACAUUGGGAACAUCUCCAGAGGUUGGAGGCCACUCUGCCGAAGAAAAUCAUCGAGAUCUUUGUGGCCACAGUAGCCUUUUUGUUGCCUAGUGCAGAGCACUCAACAGUGGAAGCAGACAAAAAGUUGAUGGUGUCACUGCUGCUGUGCCUGUUGGACUGGUGCAUGGCUGUUCCUCUCAGCUUGCUGCUGGAACCCAUCACUAUGCCUAUGCUGGAAGAUCGCACAUCCCACAAGCCCCCACUGCUGGACUACAUCUACAGGGUGCUGCACUGCUGUGUGUCCGGCUCCAACUUGCACACCCAACAGAGCCACUACCUCCUCAGCCUGUCAGACUUGUCCACCGACUAUGACCUCAUGUUGGGUCAGGUUAAGAGCUUCGAGCCGCCACCCUCCCAGAUGACCGCCACCGACUUUGGCAGCCUGCUCACUGUUGCUGAGGAAAAGCGACGCCGGAACAUGGAGCUGAUUCCUUUGACAGCACGGAUGGUCAUGACACACCUGGUGAACCAUCUGGGCCAUUAUCCACUGAGCGGUGGCCCGGCCCUUCUCCACAGCUUAGUGAGCGAAAACCACGACAACCCAUACGUGGAGUCGUCCGAGCUGUCCUCCGAGGUCUUCAAAAGCCCCAACCUCCAGCUGUUUGUCUUCAAUGAUAGCACGUUGGUGUCGUACCUGCAAAUCCCCGCCGAGACCCCAACCGUCGGACAGCCCCCACAACCUUCCUCCCAAGUGCGUGUCAUUGUCCGGGACAUCUCAGGCAAAUACUCGUGGGAUGGUGCAAUCCUCUACUGCACCACCCAGGAAGACUCAGCUGAUGCGGGAGUUUUUAAUGCAGUUGACCGCCCUUUGGCCACUACCACUACUGUCACUCACAGCAGAAAUCAACCCAACUCUCCAACAAAGGAACCGUGCAAAAAUCACUGCUCAGUCUCGGACUCCCUCUCUGACUGCUGUGAGGAGGAAGAGGUAGAUAUUUUGGAUAAACUUUUGGAGGAUCUGGGCCAGUGCAGCCCAGAAUGCCUGCCACAGCCACAACUCAGGCUCAACCAGCCAGCCCCCUCACCCCAUGGCAUGAACCUAGAGCAAGAGAGCGCGAUCCUGGAAGCCAUUCUGCGUCAGACUGAGCAGGAGGAGGAGCAAGUGAGGAGGUGGGAUGCCGAUGUAAGCUUUCGAGCCGCCUGCCAGAAGGAACCCUCCCACCAGGAACCAAAAGCUCCUUUCUACUUCUGCCGGCUGCUGCUUAAUGACCUUGGCAUGAACUCUUGGGACCGCAGGAAAAGUUUCCAUUUGUUGAAGAAAAACUCCAAGCUCUUAAGGGAACUGAAGAACUUGGAUUCCAGGCAGUGUCGAGAGACACACAAGAUUGCUGUGUUCUACAUUGGAGAGGGCCAGGAGGACAAGUGCUCCAUCUUGUCUAACAGCACAGGCAGCCAGGCCUAUGAAGACUUUGUGUCUGGACUGGGAUGGGAGGUGGACCUGGCCACACACUGUGGCUUUAUGGGUGGCCUCCAGAGGAAUGGCAGCACAGGUCUAACAGCUCCUUACUAUGCUACCUCCACCGUGGAAGCCAUCUUCCAUGUCUCCACUCGCAUGCCAUCUGAUUCAGAUGACUGCCUCACCAAAAAGCUGCGUCACCUGGGAAAUGAUGAGGUGCACAUAGUGUGGUCAGAGCACACCAGGGACUACCGACGUGGCAUCAUCCCAACUGACUUUGGAGACGUUCUGAUUAUCAUCUACCCAAUGAAGAACCACAUGUACUUCAUCCAGAUCAUGAAGAAACCCCAGGUUCCUUUCUUUGGGCCUCUGUUUAAUGGCGCCAUCGUCACUGGGACGCUGCUGCCAAGCUUGGUGCGGGCCACCUGUAUCAAUGCCAGCAGAGCUGUCAAGUCCCGGCUGACUCUCUACCAGAGCUUCUAUGAGGAGCGGGCGCUGUACUUGGAGGCCAUUGUUCAGAACCACAGAGAGGUCAUGACCUUCGAGGACUUUGCCUCACAGGUCUUCUCCCCCUCUCCUGGCUAUCCAAUGAGUGGGACAGCGUGCAGGCGUUGGCCGGGGAUGGUUUGGGACAUGGAGUACCCCUGGGCCAAACUGGACUGUAAGACUCUGCCUGCUUCCUCCACACUAGGCAUGACGCCCAGCCCCACCAACAUCCAUCAUUUCAUUCAUUUAGGUCACUGUGGACCCCGCCAUCAUCGAAUAACUGUGGGUUGCGCCUGAUUUAGCCCUUUUGUGAGAGUGGAAAGCGGGUCUGGAAUUCAAGUACAGAGUCUGCAUGCUGAUGGCCAGAUGAAGCGCUCCUGCAGUGUUUCACCAGUGUCACUGUGAGGCACUUAACCCCAGCAGUCCCAUGUCCGUCAUCCACCUCCUUACCUUUUUGGCUUGUCAGUAUCCUCCACACCAUUGUCCUUCACGUUCCUGAAUGCAACCUCACCCUCAUCCUGCAACUUUGGUCCAGCCAGUCACGGCUUCCUGCAUGAGCAAGUCCCAUCUGUCGUGCAGACUUCAUCCACAGUGCUUUGCUUUUGCUGUGUUGCACCUGCACUGCUUUGCUCAGUUUUUUAUUGGUUUGUUCUUUUCUGUUCAUCCUCUAACCUUUUUUCAAAAUGAAUAACUGUACACGAGAAAGCAGUACUUCACUCUAGUGGAUUAAACAACUUGAAAGCUCCCGUGACCCUCUGAGGUGCCCCACCAUCUUUCUUUUUUCUCACCCUAUAACCCUCUCUAGCAGUAACACAGGUGGUAAAUGUUUCUCAGCCUGCUGCUGCCAAGUAAACUGUCCACCAUUCAUGUUUUGUAUUUCAAAAUUCUGAGCGAGUUGGACAGAUUUAUCACCAGACCUCCUAGCCUGAAGGUUUCUUCAGAAAAUUGGCACUUGUUGAUUGACCCCUCACCAAAGCAGGUAACCGCGUGUGUUUUUUAAACCCUCCAGUGACAACUAACCUCCGCGCCAUCUGAACGAACAUCCCUCCAAAUCACUGGCUUCUCAGCGGCGUUGUGUUGUGUUCUGCUGCAGUGUGGUAUGGUGUGUGUCGGUGUGUCCACUGCUCUCACAUGAUGCUCUACUCUGUUUUUCCCUUUUAGAUUAAAAAUAUCUUAAAGGUCCAAAUACUGUUUAUGGCGCAGGGUCCUUCACCUGCAGCGUGAGCACCGAAGCCGGGAGCACCUCAGGACCGACGGACUCUGCCGACCAGGUUUCUCCCACAAUGCCCCGUGCCACAAAGAACCGAGUCUCCGGAAAACUCCGCCGAUCAGCGAGCGCUAUAAGCAAAUCCUCUAACUGAGCUCUACAAA